CAAGGUCCAGGCUCUGCAGGUGUGAGUUGUUCAGAAUAGCAGAAGCCAGAUCCAGACAACACGUACUAGUAAGAACGCAGCCCAUCAGUCUGCAAGAAAUACAAAAGAGCUUUUUUCUCCUUUUCGCUGUCAUCCUGGUGUGUGGUUGACCGUUCCUCGCCAUGUCUUCUCACAAGACUUUCAGAAUCAAGAGAUUCCUGGCCAAGAAACAAAAGCAGAAUCGUCCCAUUCCCCAGUGGAUUCAGAUGAAAACCGGUAAUAAAAUUAGGUACAACUCCAAGAGGCGUCACUGGAGAAGAACCAAGCUGGGCCUAUAAGGCAUCGCACUUCAUGAGAUGGCACACGUGUUUAAGCUUCAUGAAGAUCACAUGUUCCUAUCUUUUUUUUCCCCACGUGUUCCUAUUCUAUCACUCUAUAAACAUCCCUCCUACCUGGCCAAUACACAUGUUUUAUCAGGGAAAUGAUUUUUCUCUGUUACUAUGCCUCUACCCCAGUAAGUUGG